AUGGCACCUGUACCGGAAGAAAUACUGCAAAAUUUUACACCAUCAUUUCAACGUACCGGACUGUAUCCAAAUCUCAAUUAUGCGGGUCUUUUUCAUGGGCUUGUCAAUUUACUAAAUGUUUUUCCACAAAUUUCAACCAGUCAAGCUGCAAUUGGUGAUGCCAUAUUGGAUAUGAUGAAAGCACUGUAUUUUUUUUUACCUCGUGACUGUGUGGAACAGAUUCCAUAUUUGUUGGCUUCACAACUCGGUGUUUUUCCGGCUGAAUUGGAUAAGAAACUUUUGCAAUUACUCUGCGAUUGUUUUAUACCAUUUACAUUGGCCUCAUCCGAAUAUAUCACUGUUCCAGCAGUUUUAAUGCUUGUCUUUCAACACUCAUCUGAUCCAACAUUUACAGAUGUUAUAUUGGUGUUAGCAAAAGGUACCAGUGAAGCACGUAUUGCAGCAGCAAAUUUAUUGUUUCAUUAUUGGCCACUAAAAAUUUCACAGAUGUUACAGAAAAAAUUUAUACAGUAUCGAAUACAGGGUUGGACAAAACCACAGUGUCAAAAUUUGACUUGUGUUGACAAAGAAGUCAGUUCACGCCGUUGUUAUGAUCCAUUUAUAUGCGCAAAAUUUGGUGAAACUGCGCCACCAAUAUCCUUAUGUAAAGCAUGUGCUGAACUGGCUGAAAAAGAAAAAUCUGUUGUCACAAGUGUUAUCUGUAAUCCAAUGUCGACAAGCACUGAAAAUAUUUGCCAGAAUCGGGGUUGUGGAUCCAGCAAUAAGUUUGCUGUUGGUAUCUGUUUUUCGGAAGACUGCAUCCGAUCUCAUCAACAUGUUCCUUUACGUCUAUGCGAAGAAUGUUUUGUUGCCUUACACGAAGGUGCUGCUUCUUCGCAUGUUCGUCAUUGCGCACCAAAAUCUGCUUGGAAAUCACCAGUUCAAAGGGAUAUUGUUGAAGCUAUCGUGAAACUACUAAAAGAAACUUUUUUAAAUUUAAUUGAAGGUACGGAAAGUGAAGGAAAAAGACCAAAAUGGAUACGACAACUGGAAGGCGGCCAUAGCCUCGGAAAGGACAUAGAUAAAAUGGCAGAUGAACGCAGAAUGUUAAGCAGGUUUGGCAUUUGGUUGACGGUAAAACUAUGUCCACCGGUUCCCGAAGCUCAUCCGGCUUCCGUUGGUUACAUUAUGUCGAUGUUGUUCCAAUGGUUCUCUACUACAGCUCUUCUUCCAAAUGAUUCUAUGGGUGCUGCUUUGGAGCAACUUAAAACAGAUUUUUUAUCUGACUGGUUGAACCUUGCUGUGGCCAAUCAUCAUGAUGUUUUCAUUCAAACGCUAGUUCCCAAUCCGCCUGAAUAUGCACAGGUUGGUGGUGUUUGGGAUAAAUAUGCAACACGUAAGGAACAGAUAAAAGAUGGCCUAUUAAAACUGUUGGCUAUAUUGCCUUAUGAUAUCAUCAAUGCUCAAAGUUGGAAUGAAAUCAUACCGCAUUGGUUGCAAAGUAUAUGUGAAGAAAUUUCUGAAGACGAAAUUUUAGACCUUAAAAUUAUGCUAUGCAAAAUUUUUGAACCCGACCUGUGUCCAUUGGCAUUUGAAACUCAACAUCUGUAUGAGUUCAUCGUCGUACGGCUGAAAGAAGGCGAAGAAAGCGAAAUAAUAAAGGCGCUUGAUUGGCUUCAUCUCUUAUGCAGGAUGGAGAUUUCGAUUCCACUGCCGUUACUGUUAGAUGCAUUUUCCGCAAGUGCCGAUCGGCUGGGCAAUGUUGAAAUCAGCGUUAAUUCGGAAGAUGAUUUUGCCGAAGAGAACAUUGCACCUCAAGUCCCCAUGUUUGAUAUUAUAGCUCAACAGCUUGAAUUGAAUGGCCUUACUACAACUGAAGAUUCUGAAUACAGAGAGCAGAUUUUUGCAACAUGUUCCGCUCUGCUUCGAACUCCGUUUGUUCGCGGUGAACAUCAAUGCAAAAAUCCAGAAAUGGACGAAUUUCUGGACUGCGGUGUUUGCCAACAAUCUGCAUUCGUUUAUCAGACAUUAGCCCAUCUUGCCCAGCAGCUUUGUCCCAAGAAUCAAAUGUCCAUAUCAGCAGCUCCAGAUGAGCAAUCAGACUGGACCAGCGAAGCAGUAGGUACAAAGUCAAUCAAAUCGAGUGUCAAAACACGCUCGUUGUCGCAGAACCAGCCCUUGACCGACAAACCAGAAGAAUCUACCGUUAAUUCUUCGGAAGCUUCGGAUACGUUUGAAGAGCAGAAUUCUGCUAAAGUGGAGGAUCCCGGACUUGAAUGUGUAGAAAUUCUUCCCAGUGAAGAAGUGGAAAUGGCAACUGCCCAGGCAGUGACUUUAACAGAGAAAGAUGUUGGCCGUGUAACCUACCAUGUUGUCGCCUCAUCUUUGGUCGGGCAAGGGAGGCUUCCUCCAGAACCUCCCAAGGUUGCUAAUCCAGAAUUUUGGGACACCUCCGUUGGUCGAUUCCGUUUUAAAAUUAGCGAACUACCACCAGAACUUCGUCUUAUAAACGCUCUUCUAAAUUCAUUUAAAUUUGCUGAGUUCCAGAAUUUGGAGAGCGAGCCCGAUUCCGACGUCCAGUUGUUCAUGCUAUCCACCCUGAAAUAUUUGUGCUUACACAGUGAAGUACUGUCGAAGGCUCGUCGAGAACAUCGCGGGUUCUUGAUAUGGGCUCAAGAAAACCUGCUAAUUCCUAAACUGUGGAAUAUGCUGCGCAUAGAUCGUUCUCAUUUAAGCGAAAUGGCAGUACCUUUGGUAAUGCAUUGCAUAACGUUGCCGUGUGGUGAUGAGAUAUUCUGGAAGACUGUUAAUCGACAGUUUACAAAUCCGCAGUGGCAGGAACGAUUUAAAGCUGUGGAACGAAUGUCUGUCCUUUGUCAGUUAGCCAAUGCAAAAGCCAUUAAGGCAAACAAAGUUAUUCAAACAUCAUUGAGUUGCGGAAUUUCUCAUCUGAUUGCUUCUGUUCAUGAUCCAAAUGCAGCUAUCGCUCAACAAGCUUUACUACUAUUUCGUGCUAUGCCAUUAUCCGCACUUAAAUUAAUGUGUUUGUGCCUUGAGUCGCAGUUUGAUUCCGUGAUUCCUGAUCGCCCUUUGAUAAUAUGUCGAAUUCAGUUACUUACAGCUAUUUUACCUGACGAAGAGAUCCUCUCCUGGGAUUUCUUUAUUCAGCGUUUUGAAAGUUUGGCACUAGAAAGUCAACUUCGUGGUCAAACAGAAAAUUCGUUUGUUCAUGAUUUGAUGCAUACAGAUCCUUUGAGUGUGCUCUAUCAACGCAAAGUGAACAAAGCUCGAGCUGCAAUCGAGCAGUCGGCAACUGCUAGGUCGAUUAUGCGUACCUUACAGCGGGGAUCAUUAAAACAUCAACAGAUUAUCGAUAGCAGACGGUCGACAGAAAAUUUUAAAAACAAAAAAUUAGUGGCAAUGUUGACCGUUUUUUUUCUUCAAACAAUCUUUUCUAAUAUUGCUAUUUGCUAUUUUUACGAAGAAAGCAUUGAAAACGAAAAGGCUUUUCCUUCACAAAUCGAGAAGCGGAAUUCUGAAGCAGCAAUUAGAGCACGAGACAAGUUGCGUAAAGUGAUUAUGAUGGUAUGUCAUUUAGGUGCUUACUCAAACAUUCGGGAAUUUACUGAUGAAGAAAGUAACAUGUGUUUGUUGCUAAAUCGUGUGGUGGAUGUAGAAAAUCCAGAAAGACAUAUUGUUUAUGUAACAAUAGCGCUUUUUGUGGAAUUUUUAUGUAAAAGAAAAACUGCUGGAGACGAGAAGGCGACAGCCAAAAAGCAAAGUGUACUGCUUCGUCAUUUUAAUACACUUAUCGGUUACAGCAACACCGAAAAAUGCUUCACCAUACCACCUAAACGACUUCGCAAGUCAGCAGUAUGCAAUGCAUUUCUAUGCGGUUUACCAGAAAUACUAGACUCAAAAUUGGUGAUUGCAAACCAGCUCGUAACGAUGAGUUUACAACUUUUAUUACAUUUACCGUCACCACAACUCCUAGCAAGUGACCAACCGGCUAAGGAGUACCCACUGUCGCCCUUAAAUGCCACAUCUCGCCAACUGUGGCUUAACUCAACUAUUCUUGUUUUAUAUAAAUACCGCUACGACACCCCUCCAUGCAGUGAUCUGGUGUUGAGACUAAUAGCAAUAAUUAUUUGUACAUUAGAGUGUCAGGUGCAUAAAUGUGAUCCAUUAGCAGCUCCAGCAAAAAUUGAACUCAAGCUCUGGUCAGAUUCAUCUGAUGAAGAAAACAUUGAUCCAAAAGAAGAGAAAAAUGGAAGACAUUUUCGACGACCUGACUCAUUGGCACUUUCCAAUUCGACGUCGUCUGCAAAUGCCAGCCUGGGAGACAUGACAAUUGUUGUUCCAACAAUUGUUACGCCUAUAGAUGAAAAUGCUGAGGGCAAAUUGGAAGUAAUCACCGAGGAUGGUGGAAGUACACGUUCUCGAAGAACUAUGAGUCGUAAAAGUCGUUACAAAAGGAGAUUGAGUAAGGGAGGUGUAGGUGUAGGAGCAGAAAAUGAAAUUAAUCGCAAUAGUCUUCGGUGCGGAUACUGUAAUGAGCCGAUUGACAAUUUUGACGAGGAAACGAUUUCACUGUGUUUAAUUGCAUUGGAAACGUUCCUUCAUCGACAGCCAGCGAUGGCUUCACCAAUGCUAUUCAGGGUCAUUCAUACUGUUACCAGGAUCAUAGAAAGGCCAAUGUAUCCAUGGCACGAUACGACAAUUUUUGUGCCUGGAAACUGCAGGAGCGUAGCAAAGCAACUAAUUCGUGUUGUACUGCAUCAAAUGUCGUCAAGCGGUAUAUGCCUACGACUGUUUGAUACAAAUAUUGACGAUCCUGAAGGCUUCUGGUCUACCAUAUCUUUUGCGCUUAGUGAUUUUCCUGAACUAAACUCCGUUGCGAUUGUUCAGAUACUUCUUGAGGUCUCACAAUCUUUAGCCUUGUUUGUACUAAGACCGGAUCUACUGGAGCAGUGGCCUUCUCGGUUGUCGAGGAUUCUCUACAAUCUUUCUAUAUACAUUUCAUACGUAUCAGCUGAGGUUUACACAGUGAAUUGGUCGGCGGUGACUGUUUCACUAGACACAUUUUUCCGGCGUCUCCUUACCCAGAUGCAGUGUGAGAACGGUACUCGUGAAGUUGUAAAAACCGAGCUGAAAAGUUGCAUUCAAAUAAUGACAUCUACAAUGCACGUUCAGGCCUUCUCAACGUUCAAGAACUCUAUGGCACUAGUAGAAGGCUUCUCAAAAUGGUUAACUGAAUCAAUGCAUGAAUGUAAAGCUGAUCUCAUCGAUCUUUUAACUGUUUGUACAGCAUGCAAUCGAGCCUUAAUACGGGAGCGAGAUAAACAGAGCCUGACCAAGGCUGUAGUAUUCGAAUUGGUUCAGGCACUUAAGUUCAAAUGUACUAUGCAUGAACAUAACUAUACGGCAAUCUUAGAAAUGAUACUUCAAGAUCAAGGCGAAAAUGUUUCUGAAGACGUUCCUGAUGAUAAGUUUAACACAUCUGCUAGUGAAGCAAUUAGACCCCAUUUGUUCGAUCUAAUUGACUUUAUCGCUGAUCUUCAUGUCCUCGCUAAACUGAAGAAGUUGACAAGUUCGGACAACGUUGGUGGAGACAUAAAGACUGGAUUAGCGGAAGUCGUUGCUGUCGAAAUGAGUCGGUCAAACCUGAAAGACUCUAGAACUGUGUCCCGCUUCAUUCCUUGGUUGAUGUCACCUCCAUCUGUUACUCAGUCAACACCUGGAGCCUUUGCGGAAUCUGUAACCAAUGUUCGAGUACUAUCCUGGUUGCUCCUGGGUGCCUUACAUGCUAGCCAGCCUUGCCUUCCAGUCCCGAUUGAAUGUUCCCAACAUAUGGCUGACUAUAUUCACUUUGUUUUAGCGGGAUUCGCUGACCAGUCAAAGCAAUCAGUGGUCCAUAUGUCCGCAUUGUUCCAUGCUUUUCAUUUAUGCCAACUGUGGACUGUUUACUGUGAACAAGCAGCAAUUUCGUCAGAUGAACUCUCUCAGAAAGCUUUGUCCAAUGUGCUUGGCUUUUGGGUUCGGGUUACGCCAGCUAUGCUUCAGCUACUUUCGCACUCCAAAGUUGUAGCUGAAAUGGUAAAUUCACAUUUCUUGACGAUGAUGCAGGCUUUACAGCAAUGCAAUUCGGAAGUUCUUUCUCAGUUAAGCGCAAUGUGGCAACCGAUUCUGACGGCUCAUUAUUCCCAUAUUCCAAGUCAUCUGAGGCUGAAAUUAGAUUCCGGUGAAAGUCAACCAUCGUUGCAGUCACAACCAUUGUCUUCAUGGCUGAAGAAAGUUCGUUAUAAAAUUGCACAAGUUGAACUUCAAACGUCAGCAGCCUCACCGUUCUAUAACGUUUAG